AUGACUGAAGGAGAAGCCCUGAUGCAUCAUCCACAAAGAUGCGGUGCCACAGAUGAGAACAGUUCGGUUUCCGUUUGCCCCAAAGCCUGGGUUGAACCCACCUUCACCCUCGCUGCCAAGACCCGGGUUGUCAUCACCAGUUGCCUUUUCGUGGUAGCAGCCUGCAACAACUCCGCAGUCUUAUACAGCGUCAUGAGGAAGAGGCGGAAAUCUCACGUCCAGCGGCUCAUCCAGAGCUUAGCCGUGGCAGACUUGCUGGUCACCCUGACCGUCAUGCCGCUGGACGCCGCGUGGAACAUCACCGUGCAGUGGUACGCCGGAGAUGCGCUCUGCAAAUUCCUCAACUUCCUCAAGCUCUUUGCCAUGUACUCCGCUGCGCUGGUGCUGGUGGUAAUCAGCUUGGAUCGGCACGCCGCCAUCCUUCACCCCUUCUCUUUCGCUAAUUCCAGCCACCGCAACCGGGUCAUGCUCUGCGUCGCCUGGAUUCUCAGUGUGCUGCUGGCCUCCCCCCAGCUCUUCCUUUUCCACCUGUACACCAUCCCAGGGGUCAAUUUCACCCAAUGUGUGACGCACGGAAGCUUCAGAGAACACUGGCAGGAAACUACCUACAACAUGUUCACCUUCACCACCCUCUAUAUCACUCCACUGUGUGUGAUGAUUGUCUGCUACGUGCGCAUCUUAUUUGAGAUUAGCAAGCAGCUGAAAAUUAACAAAGGUCUUGCCAGAGGCAAAGAUGAGCACAUCUCCAAGGCCCGAAUGAAGACUCUCAAAAUGACAGUUGCCAUAGUGGCUUCGUUCAUCAUCUGCUGGACUCCUUAUUACCUCCUGGGCUUGUGGUACUGGUUCCAGCCUGACAUGAUCCACAGAAUGCCGGAAUAUGUCAGCCACUUCCUGUUCCUCUUCGGCUUGCUGCACACAUGCACGGACCCCAUCAUCUACGGGCUGUACACGCCGUCGUUUCGAGAGGACAUGAAGACGGGCCUCAGGACCCUUAAAUUAACAGUGACCCGCCAGGAAAAGAAACUUGCAUCCAUCUCAGAGAUGGACAAUAAAGAUUUGCACGACCAGGGCCACCGGGCAAGUAUUUCCAAUGGUGGGACUCUACAUACCGCGUUGUAGAGGAAGAAGCUCCAACAGGCAAGAAGCUCAGGGCUGGUUCACACACGCGGGCAGAAGACUUGAUUUGCAACAUCUGCUGUCUAUACAUUUGAGAACUGGAGGCUGACAUGUGAAGUGGCUUCAUUAAAUUGGGUAUUCGUGUAUCCAAUUUCGCAGGGAAACAGGG